GUCGCAAACAGAUGCCACAACAUCCACAACAACCACGACCUCCCAGUCCACGGGCUCCACAUCCACGACUUCCCAGCCCGCCGGCGAUACGUCCACGACCUUGCAGUCCACGGGUUCCGCGUCCACGACCCUUCAGCUCGUGGACGACCAGUCCACCACGGCGCAGUCCACAGGCUCCACAACAGAGUCUUCAUCAGAGUUGGAAGCAGACGUAGCUGGGUCGACCUCGCGUGCGACUGUGAUGUCUGGAAGCUUCCUUUCCAGCAAGGUAGGCUGGGUCCUGACGGCCGCUGGGUGCCUGGCCACUGCGCCCGAUCCGCGCUGA